GGUUUUUUGAAAGAGAAUUUUGGUGCUUGGAUAGGCCUCGUAGUGAUUUGGCAAUUGGAGUGUUAUGUUACUCAUCAUUCUGAAUGGCCAAAUUUAAGUUACUACAAAACAUUGCAUUUACUUACGUAAGUCUUCCACCACCACACACGGCGGCGGAACAAUGGAGCCAUCUUCAAGCUCCAUAGUUGAUCCAAACAGCGGCUUCUCUCCCCAAACCAAAAUCUUCCACAGCCUCCGCCCCUCCGUUUCCUUCCCCUCUUCCUCUCUCCCACACUACGUCUUCUCCCUCCUCCGCUCCUCCCCUACCUCCGCCUCUCUCAUCGACGCCACCACCCGCCGCCGCAUCCCCCUCUCUCACCUCCCCCAUCUCGUCCAAUCCCUAGCCUCCAAUCUCCGCCGCAAAUUCCACCUCCACAAGAACGACGUCGCCUUUAUACUUUCCCCCAACUCAAUUCACAUUCCCCUUCUCUACCUCUCCCUGCUCUCCCUCGGCGCCAUCGUCUCCCCUUCCAAUCCCCUCUCUUCCGACUCCGACAUCUCCCACCAGAUCCACCUCACCAGACCGGCGAUCGCCUUCGUCACAUCCGCAACUGCCGCCAGGCUGCCGCCUCUGCCCCAGGGGACGGUGGUGCUCGACUCUCCUGAGUUCGAAUCCCUCCUGCUCCCCUGCGGCGCCGAAUUCGAUCCGCCGGAGGUGUUCCAGGACGACAUGGCGGCGAUUCUCUAUUCCUCGGGCACUACGGGGAGGGUCAAGGGGGUGGAGCUGACGCAUCGGAACCUCAUCGCGGCGAUCGCUGGAGUGCAUGCGGUUCGUGCGGUUCGAACGUCCCCUCCGGUCACGCUCUGUGUGGUCCCCUUCUUCCACGUGUACGGCUUCAUGGUGUGCCUUAGGGAGGUGGCGCUGGGUGGGAGCCUCGUGGUGGCGGCUGCUGAGCCUGAAAGUGGGCGCGGGAGGAGAUUGGAGUUGAUUUUUGGAGCUGUUGAGGAGUUUAACGUGACGCAUUUGGCGGUGGCGCCACCUUUGGUGGUGGCGAUGGUUAAGAGUCCGGUGGCGGACAAGUACGAUUUGAGGUCCUUAGAGGUGUUGCUGUGCGGCGGAGCUGCGGUGGCGAGUACAGUUAUUGAGAGGUUUAAGAACAAGUUUGCCAAUGUAUCGCUGGUGCAGGCAUAUGGGCUUACAGAAACAACUGCAGGAGUCACUCGACCUUUAGGAAGCAAUGAAAGUGAAGUGAGAGGUUCAAACGGCCGUCUCGUCUCUAACUGCCAGGCCAGAAUCGUUGAUCCUCUCACCGGCCACAGUUUGCCGCCUCUUAGGCCAGGGGAGCUCUGGAUAAGAGGCCCCAUGGUGAUGAAAGGCUAUGUGGAUGAUAAAGAAGCAACUGCAGCAAUGGUUGAUUCAGAGGGAUGGUUGAGAACCGGUGAUAUUUGCUUUUUCGAUGGCAAUGGGCUCCUGUUCCAUGUGGAGAGAAUGAAGGAUUUGAUUAAAUACAAUGCCUACCAGGUUGCUCCAGCAGAACUGGAAGAUCUGCUGCUAUCACAUCCAGCCAUUGUUGAUGCAGCUGUGAUCCCGUAUCCUGAUGAUGAUGCAGGCCAAAUACCUGCAGCCUUUGUAGUUAGACAGCCAGGAAGCACGAUAAAUGAGUCGAUGAUCAUGGAUUUUGUGGCACAAAAGGUGGCUCCGUACAAAAAAGUUAGACGCGUCUUCUACACAGAUGCUAUACCAAAGAACGCCACAGGAAAAGUCUUGAGAAAGGAAUUAAUUAAGCAAGCAACACACAUAGCUUCAAAGUUGUAAUAUUAGCAUCCGCUGUCUUAGCUCAAAGAGCAACUGAAAUGCAUUCAAUAUUGUUCAUUCACAAAGAUGUAAUACAUUGAGUUUAUUAUCUAUGCACAAAGAGCAUUUGAUUAUAAA